AUGGCGCCUACACCGACAGUAUCGCCCGUCACCGGCCAGCCCGUACCCCCUUCCUAUAUUCACGCUUCGACCGCCCACUUCCAAGACACUCACGGCCGAACCCUCCUACUGCGAGGCGUCAACCUCUCGGGCGGAGCAAAAGCCCCACACGGUCGGCCCUCAUGGGAUCGCGAAGGAUUCUGGGAAGAGGGUGAUAAUGGAGAAGGCGAUUUCGUUAAUCGUCCACUGAACCUCGAGGACGGAUCGGCGGAUGUGCAUCUUGCACGACUGCGGGCGUGGGGGUUCAACAUGCUGCGAUAUGUCUUCACGUGGGAGGCGCUGGAGCAUGCUGGCCCAGGCAAGUAUGACGAGGAGUACAUGGACUAUGUCGUCCGGGUGCUCAAGAAGUGCAAGGAAUGGGGAUUUAGGGUGUUCAUGGACCCGCACCAGGAUGUGUGGUCGAGAUACUCUGGUGGCUCAGGUGCCCCUCUUUGGACUCUCUACGCCUGCGGUAUCGACCCCCACCAUAUGGCCGAGACAUACGGCGCUCUCGUUCACUGCGAAUGGCCCUCCCCGUCCGCACCCAAACCAGCCACCUUCCCAGGCAUGAUCUGGGGCACAAAUUAUACCCGUAUGGUCUCGCAGACUGUCUUCACACUCUUCUACGCCGGCAAGGUCUUCGCCCCAAAAUGCAUCAUCGACGGCAAGAACAUCCAGGACUAUCUCCAGGACCUCUUCUUCGCGGCGGUCGAGACCCUCGCAAAGAAGAUCGCGGCCGAGCCGGGAUUAUAUGAGGACUGUGUGAUCGGGUGGGAUAGUAUGAAUGAGCCGGGAGAGGGAAUGGUCGGACACCCGGAUAUCAAUAAGACGCACCCGUCGGUGCAGCUGAAGAAGGGGCCGAUGCCGUCUCCGCUCGAGGGGAUGCGGAUGUGUGUGGGACAGGCGGUAGAUGUGGACGACUGGUACUUCGGGCCGCUGGGCCCGACCAAGUCCAAGAAGGUCACGAUCGAUCCUAAGGGGGUCAAUGUGUGGCUUGAUGAGAAGGGAGAAAGGGAACGAGGAGGUGGAAAGUGGGGAUGGAAGCGGGAUCCGGGAUGGAAGUUGGGAGAGUGUAUCUGGGCUCAACACGGUGUCUGGGACCCCUCGACUAACACCGCUCUCCGCCCCAAGUACUUUGCCUCGCAUCCUAAAGACCCGUCCAAGGAGUCACACUACGUCCCCGAUUUCUGGGCGUCCCACUUUAUCGAAUACGGUACCCGUCUCCGCAAAAUUCACCACGAAGCGAUCCUCUUCGUCCAGCCACCGGUCUUCCACCGUCCUCCACCUCUCCCGCAUUCGAUCCUCCUCAAUCGCGCGGCGUCGUCCCCGCACUUCUACGACGGGCUGACGCUCAUGACCAAGCACUGGAACUGGUUCAAUGCGGACGCGCUCGGCAUGAUCCGCGGCAAGUACUGGAAUGUGGUUCAGGCGGUCAAGAUUGGGGAUACAGCAAUCAAGCGGAUGAUGCAGGACGAGCUGUCGACUUUUGCGGUGGACACGAAGGAGUGUUUGGGAGAGUAUCCAACGUUGAUCGGCGAGAUUGGGUGCCCUUAUGAUAUGGACGACAAGAAAGCGUACGGCUUCGUCGAUGGCGGAAAAGGCGAGGGCGACUACACGAUGCAGCGGAGGGCGUGGGACGCGUCCAUGCACGCUUUGGACGGCCCGAACGCACUCAACUUUACGCUCUGGACCUACGUCCCGGACAACAGCCACGAAUGGGGAGAUCUUUGGAACGGCGAAGACUUGUCGCUCUGGUCUCGUGACGACCUUGAAAAGCCGUCCGAGACAGACUCUGCUCAAAUCGCGUCCACCACAUCCUCCACGACGCUUACCUCCCCCACCACCCCCAAGUCCUCCUUCACCCCUUCGUCCAUCGCUUCCGGCGCCUUCUCAUCUUCCCUCAUCAUGGACGGCGCGCGGGCCAUUGACGCCAUCUGCCGGCCCUACUGUAUCGCCAUGGUCGGGCAACCCCUCCGUGCCGACUUUGACUUUUACACCUCCGACUUCAAGCUCACUAUCCGUGUGUCAGCGGAGGAUGUCGUGCCCGAGGGAGUCGCGACCGAGGUGUACCUUCCCUUCGUCCACUACGCGGCGAACCUCGGAGACUCCCAAUCGUCCAUCGUCAACCGGUCAGAGAACAGCUCGAGGGUCUCCCUGGUCCAGGCCGUCAAGGAGAAGGAGAAAAACACCAACAGUCCCCGGACUUCCACCAUCUCCACUUCUACCGGCACCGGCAACAUGACGCCCGAGCACCUCACCCUCGCGGCGGACAUCCAGGUCUCGACGGGCCGGACUGAGGUGCAUGGCCAGACCCUCAAGUGGUUCUACGACCCACCGGCUCGAGGGGAGGCGACCUACACAUUGACGGUCAAGAGGCAGGGCGGGCCGAUCGCGCGGGCGAGUGGGUACGGAGGCGGAUCGGGGAGCUGGGCUGAUGUAUGUCCUUCGAGCUGCGUCGUGGCUUGA